GUUUAUAAACCAGCCUCCCCUUCUCUUCUCCGUCCACGGCGAAGCGCCUCGAAGCCAAAGCUUCCACAUUCCACUAGAGCACGAGAUCGUAGCAGUCACCACGCCAACAAAAGCAGCAAAGCAAAAGCUACCGUCACCGACCCGACGUUCCAAGAAACGAAACGGCCAUGAUGAUGAUGGGAGAGGGAGCUUACGCGCCGCCGUGGCAGCAGUCACCGGCGGCCAGCAUGGACGCGGAUGAGGCGGCGUCGCCGUACGCCCUCCUGGCGGCGCUGCAGCAUUACCUGCCGUCCAACGAGGUGUCGGCGGCGGCGGCGCCGUACGACGAGGACGACGAGGAGGCGGCCCUGGCGGCCGGGGUGGACGCGUACGCCUGCGACGAGUUCCGGAUGUACGAGUUCAAGGUGCGGCGGUGCUCCCGCGGGCGGAGCCACGACUGGACGGACUGCCCCUACGCGCACCCGGGGGAGAAAGCCCGGCGCCGCGACCCGCGGCGGUACCACUACUCCGGCGCGGCGUGCCCGGACUUCCGCAAGGGCGGGUGCAAGCGCGGCGACGCGUGCGAGUACGCGCACGGGGUGUUCGAGUGCUGGCUCCACCCGUCCCGCUACCGCACGCAGCCCUGCAAGGACGGCACCGGCUGCCGCCGCCGCGUCUGCUUCUUCGCGCACACGCCGGACCAGCUCCGCGUCCUGCCGCAGCAGCAGCAGUCCAGCCCGAGGGGCGCGUCGGCGGCGUCGCCGCUGGCCGAGUCGUACGACGGCUCGCCGCUCCGACGGCAGGCGUUCGAGAGCUACCUCACCAAGAGCGGCAUGAUCAUGUCGUCGUCGCCGACCAGCACGCUCGUCUCGCCGCCGAGGUCGCCGCCGUCGGAGUCGUCCCCGCCAAUGUCGCCGGACGCUCUCCGCCGCGGGUCGUGGCCGGGCGUCGGCUCGCCCGUCAACGAGGUGCUCGCCUCGCUGCGCCAGCUCCGCCUCGGCGCGGGCGGAGGCUCGCCGAGGUCAGCCCCAUCCAGCGGGUCGUCGUUCUUGGCCGGCGGCAGCGGCGGCGGCUACCCGUUCGGGUCCCCAAAGUCACCGGCGGCUGGGCUGUACAGUCUCCCGUCCACGCCGACCUGUAGGCCGUCCCCGGUGACGGUGACCACCGCCUCCGGCGCCACCAUCAUGACCGUGGACCGCCUCAACCUCGGACUCAUCGGCGACGAGGAAGAGCCGGUCAUGGAGAGGGUCGAGUCCGGCAGAGCCCUCCGCGAGAAGGUGUUCGAGCGGCUCAGCAAAGAAGCCACCGUGCCCAACGACACCGCCGCCUCCGCCAACGUUGAGGGAGCAGCUCCGGAUGUCGGCUGGGUCUCCGACCUCAUCAACUGAUGAGGGAAACUCAUGAAACUAUCAGCAUCAACCGUGCCUCCUCUGAAACUGUGCUUAGCCAUGGUAAGUGGGAAGCUUGGAGGCAUCACUGCACAACAGGAGAAGAAAUUUCAGGGGAAAAAACAAAAACAAAAAAGAUUUUUUUCUUAGAUUUCUACUAAGAUUCUCCUGAUCUUUCUACAUAUGUUCCUCUCUGUGUGAAUAUUCUUGGAUGGAUGGUUGUUCAAGGGAGGGCAGGGAGGUAAGAGGCAGGAAGACGGGCAUGUCAGUGAAGUGUGAAGGUAGAAGAAGCCUAGGAGGAGACAAGAGGUGGCAGCAAAACAUGGUGUGGGGAAAAUGGAUCAAGAAGACAUGGCAGGCGACCAUGCAUGUAUAUGAGUUAUCUAGAUGUACAUAGCGUAUGUGUUCGUGUGUGCGUGUGCGUGUGUGGAGGUGUAGCGUGGAGGGAGGCGAUCAUGGCGGCGAUCCAAGACCGGAGAAGAAGAAGACUGGGAUUUAUGUCACCGCCGGCGCCUCCGGUGAGGUUAUCCGGGAAGCAGGCCUGGAACUUCUAAUUUCCGCAAGCGAUUCCAGAAAAAGCGUCGUCUUUUGAGUUGAUGUUUACUCGCAUUCCAGCGUUCAUUCUGCCUUCUAUUUGAUGUUUAAGAUCGACGAGUUGUUAUUACUGCUCUGUAAGUUUCUCAAUGUAUUCUCCUUAUUGAUCUACUGCUUCAGCUUAUGGGGAGCAUGUACCUUGUACCAUGUAAUAUUUUUGCUGAUAAGGAAUUAAUUAAGUUAAAAAACCGCCCUUGUUAAUUA